GCUAGGAACUAACUGUCCUCUGUCAUGAACACUGAACUUUACAUAAUACAUUUUCAUCAACGACUUGUUCCCACCCUUUCUGUACCCAAGGAAACUUGAAAGAGAAGGAUCGGUCUCUGGUCAAGUUCUGCUUGCAGCAUGGGAGCAGAAUAUGGCUGCAUAUAAAAACAGGAGUUUGAUACACAUAAUAAAUAGAGCCAGUGUAUUCUUCAAGAACGGCAGCUACCGAAAUAGAAUUGCAUUUACCUCUCUGAAACCUGUUCAGUGUCAGAGGCGAACAGUCUCCAGCAUCGGCGAAAGGAACACGAAUUUGACACCGCACUUGAGCUCACAUCUCGCUGGAUGGUCAUACAAGGAGUUAUAUGAAUUGUCUGUAAAAGACCCAGAAACAUUUUGGGGAUCAAUUGCUAAAGAGAAGCUUACAUGGAGUAAACCAUUCGAUCAAGUGAGCGACUGCGAAAUUACUAGUGGAAAAAUCAAUUGGUUUCUUGGUGGACAAUUGAACGUUUCUGGUAAGAAUUGCCAUCCCCUAUUAUUACUAGUAGGAUUAUUGGCUACACUAUAAAUAUUUCCUACCCCAUUGCAUAACAGCAUUUACUCAGCAUCCUACAUAGACUGGAAGUGCGUGCUCAAGCCUAAUUCUCUUCUAGGAUUAAGUUGAUAUUGUUUAUGUUCGUGUGGAUCUUGGUCAGGUUUGCUAACUAUGUUCAAUGUACAUUAUGCUUACUGGACAGCCCCCCAAAUACUGGACAGUAAGUUACAUUAUUUCAUCCAUUCAUCCAUUUGAUUGGCAGUGAAUUGUUUGGAUGUGCAUGUUGCCAAGCAUCCUGACAGAGUCGCCCUGGUCUGGGAGAGGGAUGAACCUGGGACGGAGGUAAAGGUCACCUAUAGGUAAGUUCAUGCCUAUGCAAGGACCUUCAGCAGGGUGGGGGACUUGGCAAUCUUUCUAUUAUAACAUAAUGCUUAUCUUGGAAAGCUUGCGAUAUGAUAUAGAUAAGAGUUAUCUGAAUGAACUUAUCCACAUCAUUCAGCAGAGGAGCUGAAAUCUCGACUGAACUGUGCAAUAGAGUAGGAGGUGUAACAUAAAAAUACUUCACAUUCCACACUGAACCAGAAACGUUUGCCUACAGAUGUAGGAUCUUAAUUUGAGCCAGUUUGCUACAGCAUGGAAAUAAUCCUGCAGCAACAGGAAAUGUGAAUUAUUAACCUCAAAAACACUACAAGUUUAAAAUGUCCUGCAUUGCAGGAAAAUUAUCCUGCAACAGGAUAAUGAAAUUAAGAUCCUACAUCUGUAUCUUGUAAAGACAUCAUCUUGUCAUCUUUCAAAUAUCCAUGUUAGGUUCUGUUUUCUUAGUUUAUACUAUACUGUAACGGGUAGGAGGAAACAUGGCAGAGGUUCAGCAGUAAUAUCGAAAUAUUUACAAUAUUCCAAAUAGUUCUCUAGAGAUGCACAGUGACAUUUUCAUCUGUGCCAUAAAAUAACUGGAUAAGAACCAUGUUCUGGAUCUGAAUUAAUAUAUUGUUAUCUUUAAUGUUGUACGGUACAUAAAGAGCAUGACAUUUAACCUUUAUUGAUACAGGGAAUACCAAUUGAUAUCAGGUUCUCUUUUUCAAUGGUGUCCUGUUUUACAACAAUCAACAAAUCAUGAAGGCUUUAAUACUCCCAUUCCACUUUGCAUUAUGAAUGAGACACCAUAUGUACUUUAUUGUUGAUGACAUUAAAUCAUAAGGAAGUGCUGUUGAAAUUGCAACAUUAUUGUUGGUUGGGUGUCAGUUAUUGUGUAAUGCAGCAGUGAGAUUUCAAAAUACCAAAUGGCAAGAAAAUGAGGACUUUCUGCUAUAACGACUAAAGCUGCUUCCUGGAUCAGAAUGUAAACAGGAAGUGGUGGGCUGUCAAACUGAAUGUUCACUAGACAUAAAACUGAAAGUGAACUGGAAGGUCAUUUCAGUGCACCCGAAAAUUAUUAAUUUAGAGUUCUCCAUUGUUCAGUUGUAAAUAGUUCACACAUGCCAGUGAAUGGCAGUGCCUCAAAGAAGCCACAAAGUCACUAAUAUACAUCUUCCUAUAUGGCUUGCAAGGAGUAGGGAUUCAAAGUAGUUCUCAAAGACCCUCAUCUUACAACAAAAUACUUAUUUCGGGUCUCCCCAUAAGAUAACCCUUUUAAGUUCCAGGUAGAACCCUUUUGGGCUCCAGGUAGAACCCUUUUGGGUUCCAUGUAGAACCCUCUGUGGAAAGGGUUAUACAUAGAACCCAAAAGGGUUCUACCUGGAACCAAAUAGGUUCUACCUGGAACCAAAAGGUGUUCUUCAAAGGCUUCUCAUAUGGGGACAGCUGAAGAUUUUUUUAGGUUCUAGAUAGCACCUUUUUUUCUAAGGGUGUACACUUCAGAUAGUGUUUAACGGAAUCAAUACAGAAUACAUACUUUUACUAACUUACAUACGCAACAACAGUUGAGGUAACUGCUGCUCCAAGUAAUAACUUGUGUCUAAACUUUAUACAACUGUUCUACAGGGAGCUACUUGAGACUACCUGCCGCCUAGCCAACACCCUGAAGAGCCAUGGGGUCAACAAAGGUGACCGGGUGGCCAUCUAUAUGCCAGUGUUGCCCAUCGCCGUGGCUGCCAUGCUUGCGUGCGCUCGUAUCGGUGCUGUGCACACGGUAGUGUUUGCUGGGUUCAGCUCAGAGGCCCUGGCUGGGAGGAUUCAGGAUGGUGAGUGAUACUGGGCCUGGACUCAUGUUUGACUGUGAUUAACUCUUUAGAAAUGUUAGGUCACGAUCUCAUGGUCCAGUUGGUAACCCAAUAAUGCAUUUCAAGGACGUUUGUGUUUUGUAUACAGAUGCUCCCUUUAUAGCCCAAACAUGACAUUUGAAUGGUUGACUGAACACAAGGGAAAUAAGGGCAUUUCAAUUGUGCAUGCAUGCAGCCAUUCAAGUGAAAAUGAAAAAUGAGAGAUUUGCUAGGCUGUUAUCUGUAAUCAUACAAAGCUGACAAAAUACUUAAGAUUUGCACCUUUAAAUAAAGCUUAAUCAUAGAGUUGACAGGGAUUUCAGCUUUACUAUUCAAAGGCACAGGAUAAAUGUCUGAUAGUUAAACAGGAUAUAGCUACAAUGGCCAUGACCCAUAAAAUGGCUUAGACUGAAUGGCUGCCAAGUUCUCAACACUCCCAAGUGAGUCAUUAUGCAUAGAGCAAUAUCAGAUUUGUAAAAAUUUAACAUGCUCUUGGCCGUUGUUUCUGGGAUACACCAGUCAUCAAGUCUCUUCCCCUUUUUUCCAACUUAACUCCAGUGAGAAACUGACCUGUUUUAGUCAAACGCUCCUAACAUCAUGAGACUAGACAAGGGUUGUUUAAUUUCAAGCUGCAUUUUGGGGUCAGACAGAAACCAGGCCAAUUAAGAACGAUCAAACAAAAGGCCAGCAGUUUAGGACACAGACUGAAGGAUGAGACAGAAAACUAGGAGCAACAUGUCAUCUCAAACCUUUAUAACAUGUACAGCACAGUACUGAGUGUACAAAACAUUAGGAACACCUGCUCUUUCCAUGACAUAGACUGAGCAGGUGAAUCCAGGUGAAAGCUAUGAUCUGUUAUUGACGUCACUUUUUAAAUCCACUUCAUGAAGGGGAGGAGACAGGUUAAAUACGGAUUUUUAAGCCUUGAGACAAUUGAGACAUGGAUUGUGUAUGUGCGCACCGGUUUGAGUGUGUCAAGAACUGCAACACUGGUGGGUUUUUUACCCUCAACAGUUUCCUGUGUGUAUCAAGAAUGGUCCACCACCUAAAGGACAUCCAGCCAACUUGACACAACUGUGGGAAGCAUUGGAGUCAACAUGGGCCAGCAUCCCUGUGGAACGCUUGUAGAGUCCAUGUCCCGACGAAUUGAGGCUGUUCAGAGGGCAAAAGGGGGUGCAACUCAAUAUUAGGAAGGUGUUCCUAAUGUUUUGUACACUCAGUGUAUACCUCAAACAGAACCAACAGAUAGCAAUUAGGCCUAUUGACUUCUUGCAUUUUCUCAAAGUACUUCAUAUUCUCAAUUGGACUGUAUGGUGAUGUGUCCGCAUGGUCUCAGAUCUCUCAGACUGUAUUCCCCAUCUCCCUGCAGCCCAGUGUAAAGCUGUGAUCACGUGUAACCAAGGUGUGAGGGGAGGUCGGUUCAUAGACCUGAAACCUACAGUAGAUGCUGCAGUGAAGAACUGCCCCACUGUCCAACAUGUGUUCGUGGCCCAGAGGACCACUAACCCAACUCCCAUGGGCAAACUAGACAUCCCAUUGGAGGAGGUAAUACUUGUUCUUCAUACUUUUUAUUGUGCCGUGGAGGAGGUAAUACUGAGUCUGAGUAGCGGGACAAGCCAGUAGCAGUCCUGUAACGGGAUCAGUUUGCAUUGCAGCUAAGCUCCGCUCACAGAUGAAGUGGUGAACUGAAAGAACCAUUAUGUUAUGUUAUCUGUCAUGUUAAUAUUUGUUAUGAAAGAUAUAUUUAUUUGUCUGUCAUUUCAUCUGCCAUUGUCACUGACGAGAUUAAACACCUUGCGUUGUUUUGUUUUUAAGAACAACCUGUACCAUUGAACAAAGUACAUAGACCGACCUACUAUGAGAGAAGCAUGAUGACAUAGCACAUAUUUAACUUGAAGCAAAUGAAGUGUAAUUCCACUGCAUUUAGCUCCAUUUAGUAAUUCCACUGCAAGAAACAUCCAUAUCACCAAACCAUAUCUCCAGUCUCCAACUCUUUUCCUCUCUGUCUCAGGCGAUGGCCAAUGAGUCUACAGAGUGUGCUCCAGAGCCUAUGGGCAGUGAGGAGAUGCUUUUUAUGCUCCACACAUCAGGCAGUACAGGCAAGCCCAAGGGCAUUGUCCACACACAGGCUGGCUAUCUGCUCUAUGCUGCACUGACUCACCAGGUACGUCUUCAGUUAACCCCUCUACGGAAUACUGCUUACUUUAGAGAAGCAAAUGCAGGUAUGGUGCCUUUCUUAAAAUGGUGAUGUGGCAGAAAAUAUGCAUUUGUUUAGCUGAUAAAUAGAACAAACUAUAAAAGGAGGAGGAAGGCCCAAUUACUGUGUUGUCUGAGACUGUUUUGAUGAUGGCUACAGACAGGGCAGUCUGAACAAUAUAAAUGAUCUGCCACAUGGUUUGGCAUAGCUUAGAUCUGAACAAUGAAUUUAUUGUUCCCCUUUUGUGAGAGAAGCCCCAUUCCAUAUUCUGGGUAAAAAUUAGCCCCCUUGACUGACAAAUAAAAACAUCUGUUUUCUCCCAGCUUUUUGAUGCGGAUGAGCAUGUUGUGCUUGGUGGGAUUGACAGACACAAAGCUUACAUGAUGUUGGUGAUAAUAAUUGAAUGAAAACACAGCUAUGAAUCUGCACGAGAUGUGCUGCUAAUUUCUAAGUAGCUUACCAGCUCAGACCCAAACAGACGUUGGCAAUUGCUCGCACUGUCUCUUUUUGGCAUGUUGGUUGUUUGGAUUCAAAAAACAGACAAAGCUGCUUUAUCUCUGUAUCCCCCUGGAACAGACAGGGCCUCUUGGGACCAUGCCAAAGAGAGACCUGAUGUUGUUGCCAGGCUUUUGAGCAUUUCUGCUUAGAGAACUAUAAAUGUGGCAGACAUGUUGUGUGGGAAAGCCUGUAGAAGGGGAACAUCAACAUAGGAGAUCUAAAUAUAUAUAUAUACAGUACCAGUCAAAAGUUUGGACACACCUACUCAUUCCAGGUUUAUUUAUUUAUUUUUACUAUUUUCUACAUUGUAGAAUAAGAGUGAAGACAUCAAAACUAUCAAAUAACACAUAUGGAAUCAUGUAGUACCCAGAAAAGUGUUAAACAAAUCAAAAUAUAUUAUAUAUUUGAGAUUCUUCAAAUAACCACCCUUUGCCUUGAUGACAGCUUUGCACACUCUUGUCAUUCUCUCAACCAGCUUCAUGUGGUAGUCACCUGGAAUGCAUUUCAAUUAACAGGUGUGCCUUAAUUUGAGGAAUGCGUUUGAGCCAAUCAGUUGUGUUGUGACAAGGUAAGGGGGGUAUACAGAAGAUAGCCCUAUUUGGUAAAAGACCAAAUCCAUAUUAUGGCAAGAACAGCUCAAAUAAGCAAAGAGAAACGACAGUCCAUCAUUACUUUAACACAUGAAGGUCAGUCAAUACGGAAAAUUCCAAGAACUUUGAAAGUUUCUGCAAGUGCAGUCGCAAAAACCAUCAAGCACUAUGAUGAAACUGGCUCUCAUGAGAACCACCACAGGAAUGGAAGACCCAGAGUUACCUCUGCUGCAAAUGAUACGUUUAUUAGAGUUAACCGCACCUCAGAUUGCAGCCUAAAUAAAUGCUUCACAGAGUUCAAGUCAAAGAUACAUCUCAACAUCAACUGUUCAGAGGGGACUGUGUGAACGAGGCCUUCAUGGUCGAAUUUCUGCAAAGAAACCACUACUAAAGGACACAAAUAAGAAGAAGAGACCUGCUUGGGCCAAGAAACAUGAGCAGUGGACAUUAGACCAGUGGAAAUCUGUCAUUUGGUCUGGAGUCCAAAUUUUAGAUUUUUGGUUCCAACUGCCGUGGCUUUGUGAGAUUCGGUGUGGGUGAACGGAUGAUCUCCGCAUUUGUAUUUCCCACCGUAAAGCAUGGAGGAGGAGGUGUUAUGGUGUCGGGGUGCUUUGCUGGUGACACUGUCUGUGAUUUAUUUAGAAUUCAAGGCACACUUAACCAGCAUGGCUACCACAGUAUUCUGCAGCGAUAUGCCAUCCCAUCUGGUUUGGGCUUAGUGGGACUAUCAUUUGUUUUUCAACAGGACAAUGAACCAACACACCUCUAGGCUGUGUAAGGGCCAUUUGACCAAGAAGGAGAGUGAUGGAGUGCUGCAUCAGAUGACCUGGCCUCCACAAUCCCCCGACCUCAACCCAAUUGAGAUGGUUUGGGAUGAGUCGGACGGCAGAGUGAAGGCAAAGCAGCCAACAAGUGCUCAGCAUAUGUGGGAACUCCUUCAAGACUUUUAGAAAAGCAUUCCAGGUGAAGCUGGUUGAGAGAAUGCCAACAGUGUGCAAAGCUGUCGUCAAGGCAAAGGGUGGCUAAUUGAAGAAUCUCAAAUAUAAAAUAUAUUUUGAUUUGUUGAACAAUAUUUUGGUUACUACAUUAUUCCAUAUGUGUUAUUUCAUAGUUUUGAUGUCUUCACUAUUAUUCUACAAUGUAGAAAAUAGUAAAAAUAAAGAAAAACCCUUGAAUGAGUAGGUGUGUCCAGACUUUUGACUGGUACUGUAUGUAUAUAUCUGUAUACCUUAGUCAGAAUUUCGCAAUCUUGUAAUCUUGAUGAUUUCAUUGUCUGGAAAAGUACAGCAUUGCUCAAUGGACCUUGUCUCUAACCUAAUAGGUUACUCAGAAUUUCACACUCUUGUAAUUUUGAUGAUUUCAUUGUCCGGAAAAGUACAGCAUUGCUCAAUGGACCUUGUCUCUAACCUUACAUGUUCCUGUUCUUGCAGUAUGUCUUCGACUACCAUCCAGGUGAUGUGUUUGGCUGUGUGGCAGACAUCGGCUGGGUGACUGGUCAUAGCUAUGUGGUGUAUGGUCCUCUGUGUAAUGGUGCCACCACUGUCCUCUUUGAGAGCACUCCUGUGUACCCAGACCCUGGUGAGCUAUAACAGUACAAGUACAAGGGGUGUGAGGUGAAGAAUAAAGGUUACAGGUUCAAAACCACACCCUAACAAUAUCUGAUUGACACAAUCAUCCAUUCAAGCAGACCACCAUAGUCCCUGUGCCCAAGAACACUAAGAUAACCUGCCUAAAUGACUACCAACCCGUAGCACUCACGUCUGUAGCCAUGAAGUGCUUUGAAAGGCUGGUCAUGGCUCACAUCAACACCAUUAUCCCAGAAACCCUAGACCCACUCCAAUUUGCAUACCGCCCCAACAGAUCCACAGAUGAUGCAAUCUCUAUUGCACUCCACACUGCCUUUUCCCACCUGGACAAGAGGAACACCUACAUGAGAAUGCUAUUCAUUGACUACAGCUCAGCGUUCAACACCAUAGUGCCCUCAAAGCUCAUCACUAAGCUAAGGACCCUGGGACUAAACACCUCCCUCUGCAACUGAAUCCUGGACUUCCUGAUUGGCCGCCCCCAGGUGGUAAGGGUAGGUAACAACACAUCUGCCACGCUGAUCCUCAACACGGGGUCCCCUCAGGAGUGUGUGCUCAGUCCCCUCCUAUACUCCCUGUUCACCCAUGAAUGCAUGGCCAGGCACGACUCCAACACUAUCAUUACGUUUUCCGACGACACAACAGUGGUAGGCCUGAUCACAGACAACGAUGAGAAAGCCUAUAGGGAGGAGGUCAGAGACCUGGCCGUGUGGUGCCAGGAUAACAACCUCUCCCUCAACGUGAUCAAGACAAAGGAGAUGAUUGUGGACUACAGAAAAAAAAGAGGACUGAGCACGCCUCCAUUCUCAUCGACGGGGCUGUAGUGGAACAGGUUGAGAGCUUCAAGUUCCUUGGUGUCCACAUCACCAACAAACUAUCAUGGUCCAAACACACCAAGACAGUCGUGAACAGGGCAUGACAAAGCCUAUUCCCCCUCAGGAGACUGAAAAGACUUGGCAUGGGUCCUCAGAUCCUCAAAAAGUUAUACAGCUGCACCAUCGAGAGCAUCCUGACUGGUUGCAUCACCGCCUGGUAUGGCAACUGCUCGGCCUCCGACCGCAAGGCACUACAGAGGGUAGUGCGUACGGCCCAGUACAUCACUGGGGCCAAGCUUCCUGCCAUCCAGGACCUCUAUACCAGGCGGUGUCAGAGGAAGGCCCUAAAAAUUGUCAAAGACUCCAGCCACCCUAGUCAUAGACUGUUCUCUCUGCUACUGCACAGCAGAACAGCUAAUCAUGGCUACCGGAACUAUUUGCAUUGCCCCCCCACCCCACCCAACCCCCUCUUUUACACUGCUGCUACUCUGUUUAUUAUUUAUGCAUAGUCGCUUUAACUCUACCCACAUGUACGUUACCUCAAUUAACUCGACUAACCGGUGCCCCCGCUCAUUGACUCUGUACCGGUACCCCCUAUAUAUAGCCUCCCUACUGUUAUUUUAUUUUACUGCAGCUCUUUAAUUAUUUGCUAUUUUUUACUUAACACUUUUUAAAAAACUGCAUCAUUGGUUAAGGGCUUGUAAGUAAGCAUUUCACUGUAAUGUUUACACCUGUUGUGUUCGGCGCAUGUGGCAAAUACAAUUUGAUUUGAUUUGAUUUGACUAUUAACCAUUAAGAUGUGUCUACAGCUGUUACAUUGAGACAGAGGAUACUUUGGCAGGAGACUUUGACAUUAAACAUCAAAGUUCUUGCUUUCUUUUUCUGGUGCUUUUUACUCAUUUGUCCUCAUUACAAGAGGUCAUAGAGUUAAACAGGUCGUAUCCACAGAGAGAGAGACAGGUGACUUGUUACCAGCUGGGUGGAUGUCACAGCUUUCAGCAGUAUUGGAAUACUUAUGCCCUGGGCUAGGGGCAAUAAGGGUCAAAGUACGGGAUAUUUCAAGCUAAUUGUGUAAUACAAAAAUCAUUACUGUUUGUGUUUAGUUAGAAGUUAUAUAUUAUAUAGGCAUGUAUUAUGAUGUUGAGAAAGGGAAGUUCUGUUGCUAUGUGUGCUAUAACUAAUGUAUAACUACUACCGUAAUACACAAUGUAUGACACAGGGAUAACUUUUAAAUGUAGUGUUUGGGACAACAAGAACACCUUAGAAAUAUGAAUAAAGUGGAUCACUGUAGUUGUAACUGGCUUCGCUGGCAUUUCUCCAGUGUUGAGUGACUCAUUAACAGUCUUGAUGACACUUUUGUUCUUUGUUUACUACCUUGGCUUGUCGACUGAAGGAGUGCUUCAAAGUGUUAUCAGUUAAUUGUUAAGGUUUCCUGUAAGCUUUGUAGUGAUAUGACAUUGGCCGAUGCCCUCUAUAGCCUUGGCAUAAUAGGACAUUUCCCGUUCUUGUUUUUGUGUUCCUAUUUAGUGGGUUAUGGAAACAGAAAGGAUCUAUUUUGCUGAUGUGUGUGUAUUGCUUUACCAUGAUGACUAUGUGUCUUUGUCCCCUCAGGGCGAUACUGGGAGACGGUGCAGCGACUGGGCAUUAACCAGUUCUACGGUGCUCCCACUGCCAUCAGGCUGCUGCUGAAAUAUGAGGAGAGUUGGGUAAAAAAGUAUGACAGGUCCUCCCUCAAGACCCUCGGCUCUGGUGAGAGACUAGAUGAGUGCCCCCUGCACCAUCAUUUGCCAAUGAGCGCACAGUUGAUUCUACCAGAUAAAUUAAAUAACGGAUCAACUGUUCUGUAUAUAAUUGAGUUGCAUAGUUGCCAAUUCAAAUUCAAAGUGAAUGACUGCGUAUUAUGGAAACUUGACUUGAUUCCAGUGAUUCCUGUCAGUGUUACAAUGACAUUAAUAAACAAUUAGUCUCAGAGUUCUCUGCUAUCACUAUCAGCAUCACAUUCAUAGGCCAAAAUGAUUGUUAAUCAAAGCAGUUGAAAGCAUUUAAUAUCUUUAUUAUAAUUGUCUUAUUACUGAAAUACCCUAUCAGUAAAAAGGUAGUCCAUUAUCUAAAGAAUACAGAAUUGAUAUGCCUAGAGUACAUUUUAAAAAAUUUUAAACUAGCACUGAGUGUGCCCAGAGCUGGGUGUACCUGUAUUGAGCGUUAUCUGUCUUCUUGCAGUGGGGGAACCUAUCAAUCACGAGGCAUGGGAGUGGUUCUACAACGUGGUGGGAGAUGGAAGAUGCCCUCUAGUGGAUACAUGGUGGCAGACAGGUAAUCUCAGGGCGGCUGAAUGUCUUGGCCAAGGUUGUCUGAUGUGGUAAAUGCUUAAACUUGAAUGGCCUUAGCUUAAUGGUGCAUUAUAAAAUCUCUUUUAAAGAGUCUUCACAUUUUUUUAGUGCACUACCAUGUAGGACAUCGUAAUACAAUACAUUACAUGACAUGCCACAAGGGCUUAUCAAAGGCAUAUAAAAUCAGGUAAAGUUAGGUUUGUAAGAUGGAGGAGACAAUCAUGACUUGAAAAAUCAUACAUAAUCAAGCUUAUUUUCUGCAUUAAAUGAAUGCUAACACCUGUGCUAUUAUGUUGCAUGCUGGUGGAGGAGAAAGCUCUGCCUCCAAGGCGCUUCUUGAUUUGUUAUGGUGGUUUCUGUGCUGAUCUAGACAAUAAGUCUGUCUGAUACUCUGUUUAUUGGUGGCUUAACCGUAAUUUGCGAUUAGCACAAGGAACAUCUGCACUGAAAAGGAAUUAAAAUAAUCACCCCCAACACACUUACCCCCUUCUCCCCGACUCCCCCAACCCCCAGCGGGAGAAGGCUUUCCAGUGAGGGUCUGGCAGAAGUGAAGUGGGGAGGGUCAUGACCUAAUUCCUCGAAAAUCACUUUCUGGGUUUUCUCCAUGUGCUAAGUCUUUUGAGGGGGGCUGGAGAGUGGGGUUCUUCCAAAGGCUUAGUAGGAAAAUGAAGUGUAAUUUUAUUUUAUUAAGGUGAUUAUCACUUAUUACUCAUUUGCCAUAGCACAGGGGUUCUGCCCUCACCCCUCUUCCCCAUCAGCAAAACAUAGACAAUCUGUACUGCAGCCAGACUUAGGUCAAAUACAGUACAUAUCAACUACUCUCCAGUACGUCAGCUGCACAUCCCUUUAACCCUGCUUAUUGCACUUCUCCAUGCAUCUCCUGUCUCUCUCUCUCUCUGUCCCCAGAGACAGGAGGUGUGUGUAUCGCUCCAAGGCCAGCUGAAGAGGGUGCUGAAAUUGUGCCGGCCAUGGCCAUGAGGCCCUUCUUCGGCAUUCAGCCUGUUCUCAUGGAGGAGAAGGUAAAUUCACUGAUAUAAAAACGUAUUUGUUCUAUGUUCAUCAUUAAGGCACAAUCUUAAAUGUUUUCCCUUCCAUUGUUGUGAAUCAAGUCCUGGUGAAAUGUAGUCAGUGGUACGACCUCAUUCGCCUCUGACGGCAUUCUGGGACUUUGGACUCUUGUUCUUCAGAAGCCAUAAAAAGUAUAACCGGACCAUGUCCAACUGCUCCAAGGAAAACCCACUCUUCCCCUCCUCAACUGACUGUGUGAUCUCGCUCUCCGUGGCCGAUGUGAGCAAAAAGUUUAAAACAGGUUAACAAUCACAAGGCCGCCAGGUGGAAUACAAGGGUGCAUUCUCAAAGCAUGCACAGACCAGCUGGCAAGUGUCUUCAGACAUUUUCAAUCUCUCCUUGUCCCAGUCUGUAAUCCCAACAUGUUUCAAGCUGACCACCAUUGUCCCUGUUUCCAAUAUCUCCAAGGUAACCUGCCUAAAUGACUACCGCCCUGUAGCACUCACAUCUGUAAUUAUGAAGUGCUUUGAAGGCUAGUCAUGACAUACAUCAACACCAUCAUCCCAGACACCCUAGACCCACUCCAAUUCGCAUACCGCCCCAACAGAUCCAUAGAUGACGCAAUCUCAAUUGCACUUCACACUGCCCUUUCUGAAAAGAUUUGGCAUGGGCCCUCGGAUCCUCCAAAAGUUCUACAGCUGCACCAUCGAGAGCAUCUUGACUGUCUGCAUCACCGCUUGGUAUGGCAAAUGUACCGCCCUUGACCGCAAAGCGCUACAGAGGGUGGUAGGGACAGCCCAGUACAUCACCUUGGCCGAGCUCCAUGCCAACCAGGACCUCUAUACCAUGCAGUGUCAGAGGAAGCCCCGAAAAAUUGCCAAAGACUCCAGACUAUUCACUCUGCUACCGCUUCUACCCCCAAGCCAUAAGACUGCUAAAUAGCCAGACUUCUAAAUAGUAAAUUAAUGGUACCCGAACUAUCUUCACUGACUCAAUCUUGCACUGACCCUACGCACACUCACUAGACUAUAUAUACACACCAUAUACACAGUCACACACACUACCUUGACACUCCCACACAAAACUCCCACACAUUCACAUACACUACAUACGCACACACACACAUAUACCGACACAACACAAACACACAUACACAUUACACACACACACUCACACACUUUUACACUCAUCAUUUGCUGCUGAUGCUCUGUUCUUUAUUUGACUCUUAUUAUUAUGAUCUAUCAUGAUGCCUAGUCACUUUACCCUGCCUUCAUGUACAUAUCUACCUCAUACCUCGUACCUCUGCACAUUGAUCUGGUACUGGUACUCCCUGUAUAUAGCUCCACAUUGAUCUGGUACUGGUACUCCCUGUAUAUAGCUCCACAUUGAUCUGGUACUGGUACUCCCUGUAUAUAGCUGCACAUUGAUCUGGUACUGGUACUCCCUGUAUAUAGCUGCACAUUGAUCUGGUACUGGUACUCCCUGUAUAUAGCUCCACAUUGAUCUGGUACUGGUACUCCCUGUUUAUAGCUCCACAUUGAUCUGGUACUGGUACUCCCUGUAUAUAGCUCCACAUUGAUCUGGUACUGUUACUCCCUGUAUAUAGCUCCAUUCUAGUGCAUUUUAUUUUAUUCCUCUUGUGUUACUAUUUUAUUUGUAUUAUUAUUUUUAAACUCUGCAUUGUUGGGAAGGGCUCGUAAGCAAGCAUUUCACGGUAAAGUCUACACCAGUUGUAUUUGGCGCAUGUGACAAAUAACAUUUGAUUUUGAUUUGAUUUGAACUGGUCUUUUAUAGCACUAAGUACUGUACGUUAGACGCUAAUUGUGGGACAGUGAAAUGAUAAAGAGGAAGUGUGUAUGUGGGGAUCUCUCUGUAGCUGUUGUUGCCCCCCCCCCCCCCCCCCCCCCCCCCCCACCUGCUCUCUCAGUAUUACAUGUGGAACCUUUUCAGCUGUAGAACAGAGACUUAAGGACAGAGAUAGAUAGCUUUCUGUCCAGCAAUUCCUCCGGCUUGAACCGACAUGACCCUGUGGUAGAUGGGUCACACCCGUCUUAUCGCCUUUCACAUUGCAAUUAAAACUAGCCUGCAUAUGCUUCCCUUUCCUUGAUUAACAUAUUUACAGGGCUUUGUUGGAGUGGUAACGUGACCUCGAAACUUAAUUUCUCCUCUCCGCGUCUUUUACUAGUAAUUUCAGUAAACAGUAAAUCUACACGCAAGUACUGUAUAACAUGCAUGCACUGAAUUUCUAUGUAUUGUUGUUACCUAUGUGUAUUACUGUAGAGGUUGAUCUUUAUAAACAGGCAAAUUCUUAUUUGUUGUGACAUGCUUGCUGCAUGAUUUUUUUACAUGCACUUUUAAUGUUUGUGUUUACAUUCUAUACUGAUUAGUUUUAUUAAUUCAAAUGUUUUAAUGUGAGAGAACCUAAUAAGUUAUUUAAAUGUUUUAUUCAUUUUCCUUUUAUCUCCAACAGGGGAAGCCUAUAUCAGGAAAUGAUGUCAGUGGAGCCCUUUGUAUCAGCCAGCCAUGGCCUGGAAUGGCCAGGACCAUCUUUGGGGACCACGAGAGAUUUGUGGAUGCAUACUUCAAAGCAUAUCCUGGUGAGUUGGCCUAAUUCCGUGUCCCUGUGAGCUCCUCUCUAUAGAAAAUAGGUUAUUUUAUUUCAUAGUGAAAUCAAUAUGAGAAUGGUAGAUAGUAAUCUACAUAUCGAUGAGUGGCAAAGAGGAGGUGAGGGCCCUGGUGGAGUGGUGCUAGGAAAAUAACCUCUCCCUCAACGUCAACAAAAAGAAGGAGAUGCUCGUGGACUUCAGGAGACAGUUGUAAAUGAGAACUUGUUCUCAACUGGCCUACCUGGUUAAAUAAAGGUGAAAUAAAUAAAUAAAAUAAAAAAGACAGCAGAGAGAGCAUGCCCCCAUCCACAUCGACGGGGCCGCAGUGGAGAGGGUGAAAAGCUUCAAGUUCCUCGGCGUGCACAUCAUUGACAACCUGAAAUGGUCCAUUUCACACAGACAGUGUGGUGAAGAAGGCACAACAGCUCCUCUUCAACCUCAGGAGGCGGAAGAAAUUCGGCUUGGCCCCUAAGACCCUCACAAACUUCUACAGAUGCACCAUUGAGAGCAUCCUGUCGGGCUGUAUCACCGCCUGGUACGGCAAUUGCACCGUCUGCAACCGCAGGGCUCUCCAGAGGGUGGUGCGGUCAGCCCAACGCAUCACCGAAGGAAACACUGCCUGCCCUCCAGGACAUCUACAGCACCCAGUGUCACAGGAAGGCCAAGAAGAUCAUCAAGAACCUCAGCCAACCGAGCCACGACCUGUUCACCCAGCUACCAUCUAAAAUGCGGAGACAGUACAGGUGCAUCAAAGCUGGGACCAAGAGACUGAAAAACAGCUUCUAUCUCCAGGCCAUCAGACUGUUAAAUAGUCACCACUAGCCAACCUCCACCCAGUACUCUGCCCUGAACCUUAGUCACUGUUACUAGCCAGCUACCACCCAGUACUCUACCCUGCACCUUAGAGACUGCUUCCCUAUGUACAUAGUCAUUGAACACCAGUCCCUUUAAUAAUGUUAGCAUACUGUUUUACCCACUUCAUAUGUAUAUACUUUAUUUUAGUUGAGACUCAUCUACCUAUAUAACUACUGCUGUACACACCUUUUCUAUUCAUAUGUUGUCCAAUCUGUCUAUAUACACAAUUAUACACUGAAUGUACAAAACAUUAUGAACACCUGCUCUUUCCAUGACAUAGACUGACCAGGUGAAUCCAGGUGAAAGCUAUGAUCCCUUAUUGAUGUCACUUGUUAAAUCCACUUCAAUCAGUGUAGAUGAAGGGGAGGAGACAGGUUAAAGGAAGGUGUUCUUAAUGUUUUGUACACUCAGUGUAUACAGGAUAUACUGUUAAUUUAUAUUUUGGACUCAUUGCACAUUCUGCUGUUUCUUAAUUUAUUUUGUAUUUUUUGUCUGUAUAUUGUUUUGUAUUACUGCACUGUUGGAGCUAGAAACAUAAGCAUUUCUCUGAACCUGCGAUAACAUCUGCAAAUAUGUAUACACGACCAAUAAAAUUUGAUUUGGAUUUGAUUUGAGGUAGCAGGGCUAGAAAAUAAUACCAGUAUAUUUGUCUAACAUGUCAAACAAUGUUGACAAUGUUAAGAUAACGAUUACUGAGAGACAUUAGGUCACUGUUUAUUACCCAAGGGUGAGCUUUGGAGUUGAUUCUAUUCCAGGUCAUUACUUCACUGGGGAUGGAGCAUAUCGGUCUAAAGAAGGCUACUAUCAGAUAACUGGGCGUAUGGAUGAUGUUAUCAACAUUAGUGGCCACCGAUUGGGUACUGCUGAAAUCGAGGAUGCCCUGGUAAGAACUAACACACUUAGCCUAUUUGUUACAUGAAUGGCAGCUGUAUGUUCGGUUGACUCACUAAUAAAUUCAAUAUCAUGAUUAUGUGAAAGAGUCACUGUACCGUUGUUGUCAAUGGGGAUUUCUUGUACAUUUCUUGAAUGGUUGUCUUCUGUCUUUUAGGAUGAACAUCCAGCAGUUCCUGAGACGGCUGUGAUCGGUAUUUCCCAUGAUCUCAAAGGAGAGGGUAAGAGUACAAAUAUAGACAUACAGUGUAAAACCUCUCUAUCAUCACACAUUAACACAGACAACACACAUUUGUUACAGUAUGUAUGUGAAUCAGGUAUUUCUUGAGCUUUGAAAUGGCUUCUAAACCGUUGAAUAACAGUACAAGGCCACCAGGAAAUGGAAAGCUUCUUAGCUUUGAGUCAACUCUCUCCUUGAAUCUAGUCACUGUUACCCUUUAGUGGAAUAGGCACUAGCUUUCAGCUGUGCCAAUACUAGUGUAAUAUACCCAAAACUAUAGGGGCUAAAACGAACAGUCUCUCAGUAUGAUUUGUUACUGAGGUUAAUGAUGAACCCUGAGAAAAUCCAUAGAAGUUUGUUCUUGGUAAACUCUUGACACUCAGCACCACCUUCUGGCUUUAAAGGGGAAUAACAAGGAAUAUGUGGUCUUCAUGAGAUUCAACCAACCCACAUACAAACCAAAAGAAGAUCAAGAUUGCUGAAAUUACAUAUGUAUAUAUCUAUGUACACUGAAAUUACAUAUGUGUACAUCUAUAUGACUAUCAAGUGCAUUGAAGUUUAUUUACAACUUGUAAUUCAUAGUUAUUGGCACAUUCUAUCAAACCUUUGUUCCAUGUUUUCCUUCCCUUGUACAACAGUUCCCUUUGCCUUUGUGGUUUUGAAAGAAGACCCUUCCCUGAACCAUACAGCAGUCAUUAAAGAGCUGUGUGGCCUGGUGGCCACUAAGAUAGCAAAGUAUGCUGUCCCUGACCAAUUUCUGGUGAGGAUAUUUACGCUGUUUGUGGUUACUGAACUGUGCAUUCCUGUUAACCAAGGCAGUAUAUAACACUGCUGUUGUUGAAGAUCCUAGUAUAUGGAAAUUGAAUUAGUUUUUAACUUGUAAUAGAUGGUUUCUUUCAUCUAUCUGUCGUUCAUCCUCUUUCAGGUAGUGAAGAGACUUCCCAAGACACGCUCUGGGAAGAUAAUGAGGAGAAUCCUGCGGAAGGUGGCUAUGGAGCAGACAGAAGACCUGGGCGAUGUGUCCACUCUGGAUGACCCAUCUGUUGUCGCAGAGAUCAUCAAGGCCCAUGCUCAGUACAAGAGCCUGACAUCUCAGAAUAAAUAAUGAAGUAGGCUUUAUCACUGCUAAGAUGUUGUGUUGGCAACUUGGCACUGGUCACUUGAGUUACAGCUCACUUCACUCACUCCAUUCUGAAUGUUAUACUGUGCAGAUAUGCUGAGUUAGUUUUAUGACCACAGUCCUUCAGUUGUUCACUAUGUAUGGUUCCUUUAUAUAAGACACAAGACACUCAAGAUUUGACAGUCUGUGUACACAGUACACCACGUUCUUUCCCGUAAGAAGAAUUAUCGUAAGGUUAAUGAGAGAUGAAGAUGAUCAAAUGCACAGUAUUUUUUUUACUUUGUUUUUUAAUAAGAGCCACCGAACACGCCGAUUGGCACGUGUGUUUUUCUGUUGCUCAUUAGAAAAAACGAGAUUUCA